UAUAUUUGCACAGCUUCAAGGAAAUGCAUGUCAGGCAAAGAACCGGCAAUGGCAGCUUCAUUUCGUCCACGAAUCCUCGCAAUGCAGUUCUUGGCCGCGAUCGCCUUCGUUUCUGUUAUCAUGCGUUCCGGUGCAAGUGACCCUCCACUGACGCUUGAUUACUAUGCAUCUUCAUGCCCGAGCGUGUUCGAAAUCAUCCGCGAAGAAAUGCAAUCCGAGGUGCUGUCGGAUCCGCACAACGCUGCUUUAGUACUCCGACUACACUUCCAUGACUGCUUCGUUCAGGGGUGCGACGGUUCAGUUCUGUUAGAUGAUACGGCCACGCUAAAAGGAGAGAAGACGGCUUCCCCAAAUAUAAACUCUCUACGAGGUUUUGACAUCAUCGAUAGGAUCAAGAGCAAGGUCGAAUCCAACUGCCCCAGAAUUGUCUCUUGCGCUGAUAUAUUGACCGUUGCUGCUAGAGAUGCUGUCAUUCUGGUGGGCGGACCAUAUUGGGAUGUUCCGGUGGGGAGGAAGGACUCGAGAAGUGCAAGCUACGAGCUAGCAAACACCAACAUACCUACACCGAAUCAAGGUCUCAUUUCCAUCAUUUCCAAGUUCCUUUACCUCGGCCUCUCCGUCACCGACACCGUCGCGCUUUCCGGGGCUCACACGAUCGGCGUGGCACGCUGUGAGAACUUCCGAGCAAGAAUAUAUGGGGACUACGAAUUGACGUCGGGCCGUAGUCCAUUAUCUGAAGUGCACCUCAGCAAAUUGAAGUCCACAUGCCCAGCCGCAGGAGGGGGAGAUAACAACAUCUCGCCGUUGGACUAUGAAACGCCCAACACAUUCGACAACUCCUACUACCAUUUGCUCCUGAAUGGAGAGGGAUUGCUCAACUCUGACCAGGAACUCUAUUCAAGUGUAUUGGCCAUUCAGACCAAGAAGCUUGUGGAACAGUAUGCAUUUGACACGGCGGCUUUCUUUCAGCAGUUCUCCAUUUCCAUAGUAAAGAUGGGAAACCUCACGAAUCCGGAUAGCUUUGUCGAUGGAGAAGUGAGGAAGAAUUGCAGAUUCAUCAAUGCAUGAUCAUUGAGUCGUGUGAUAUGAAGACUUGUCUGAUUUCUUAAUCUUUGUUGGUUAUUUAUAUGGAGUCGGACAUAUGUGAACUUGAGCUAAUUAUGAUAAGCAAAUUCAUUUGGAAGUCAGAACUAUUCUUGUAAUGGAGACGUGGAUUUGUCUCCACACAGCCAUUAUUAAUGGGGUCCCUGUACCCAUAUAUUGUGUGUAAUCAUUUAUGAAGUUAAGAUUGACAAGUCGAUCAAGUA